AUGUGUGAGCUAGAAAUAGUAAACAUCAGAAUAUCAAGAUGCAGCCUCACAUCUCUCAUAGAAAAUGUUGUUAGUUUUGGAGAAACAGGUGCUUUGAGUCUUACGGUAGUGGGAUUGAGUAGUAGUGACAAAGAAGUGAGACAGGCAGCUUGUCAUGUUUUGUUUCGUUUUCAUAACCAUGUGGAAGCAAGACAAAGCGGAAAAGAUAAUAUUUUGUGGAUACGAUAUGUUGAAGCUGUUUGUAAAGCAAUUUUUGUUGAUCUCAAAAAGGCUUUCAAUGCAGUUGACCACAUAACACUUUUGGAUAAUUUAGAAUCAAUGGGACUCAAAGACAUGAUAAGGAACCUUUCAGAUUCGUAUCUUCAAAAUAGGACAAUCCGUACCAAAUCUACUAACUCAGAGUCUCAUAGACUACCGAUGACUGAAGGUGUUCGUCCCGGAUCUGUCCUAUAUUAUUUAUUAAAUAUUCAAAAUAUCACGAAAUUUGAAACAGAAAGUAAUUACACUAUUUAUGAUGAUGAUGGACUAUUGAUAGUCCGAAACAUGUUCAGACACUGA